AUGUCGAAUACACGAGAGUUUCCUCUACUAAUCCAGCUGUUUGCGUAUACAGUUGGAGUAUUCUCCAAGGCCGUUCCGCCCCCAGGGCCUUCCCAACCCGGUACAGCACAAAAUUGCGACAAAUGGCAUAUUGUUCAAAAGGACGACGGCUGUGCAGACCUGGAGAACCUGUACAAUAUCAGCCAUUCCCAGUUCCUGGAAUGGAACCCAGAAGUCUCGGACGACUGCGCGCAGAACUUUUGGCCCGACUAUGCAUACUGCGUGUCAGUUGACGCCACAAUCACCAUCACGCCGUCCACAAGUUCCACCACGCUCUCGACACGCACAACGUCGCCAACUUCGCCUCCUGUCCAAACUUCAUCUUCUUCGCCGCCACCAGUCUCAACACCCUACACUAUCGAUCACCCUAUCACUGAUCCAAACAUCACAAUACCCACAAUUCCCAGCGAGCCAUGGCCGCCACAGAAAACACAGCCAGGCCAGCCAUCAUACUGCAACGACUGGCACCUUGUGAUGCCCGGUGAGUCUUGCGAGUCUAUUGUCGUCGAUCACAAUGCUUGGAUGGGAAUCGAGGACUUGUGA